AUGAGUCUUGUGAUGAAUAUAAUUUGUGAAUCUGAAAUAGCUAUGAUGGUUUUUUGGAAUGUGUUGAACAGAUUACAGAAAGAUGGUUCUCAAGUUAUACAAUUCUCCAAGUGCCACUGGUGGAAAAGGAACUUCAUAUUUUUUUGGGGUUUGGUACACAUAGACUAUUAUUUCAAACACAUCAGAACUCCUUGUAGAAAUUUUUUUCUCUGUGAGGUUGUUCAGUCAGUGCAGCACAAACUACAAAGUGAAGAAAGAAAAUAGAUUCACUAAUCUCUCUUUAAAAGCUUCGAGUUCUACUUUUAAUGAAUCACUAAUUGAACAGUAUCUUUCUACCUCUUCAUUCAUUUCAUUCACCUAGAAGAUGGACAGUUCACUAAUAGCAGAAGAAGCAACAAGCAAUGGGGAUAGUUCGGGGAAGAGAUCAAGCAAAACCUUGGGGGACAACCUACUUACAAAUACCUGCCAAUCAAUUCGGAGAUGGGGGUUCUCCAGAUAUUUACCCUGCAUUUAAGCACACCCUCAAAACAAUUUCUAGUGAUUCAGGGUGAGAUUGAUAAUACACUUUCACAAUAAUUAUCUGUAAACAUAAUUUAACUUUUCCUUCAUUGAAAUGGAAGUAGGAGAUAUGGCAUUAUUGAAUGCGACACUAUGAUACAGGAGGGCAUUGAAAAGACUGUAAGUGACCUACCUAUUAUCCUCCAAGAAUUGUUUGUACUUAAAUUCAUGUUCACAUUUCUUUUAAUAUGUUAUUAGACGAGAUUUACGGCUUUAUUCUUCUAGGUUUGGUUGUUAUAGUUGUUCUCUAGAGUGUUAUUAAUUGUAGAUUACAGAAAAUAGCGGUUUGUUCAAAUUCAAUUACACAAGAUUGCUACAGCGGUACUAUAGCAGUUAUUUGAUGAUAUUUAUAUUAAAUAUCUUAUUGCUGAACAAUAGCGAUAGACGCUGUCUAACAACAUCUCCAUAAGUUCAAGCAAAACCUUUCCUUUCUUAUUCCUAUGUUAACAAGACUGAUGUUAACAUCAAAAUGCGUUUUCUUUAAACUGGCGAGGCACAUGGUUAUCCCCUACAUGCUAAUGUUGGUUCCACCGAAUCACUGGACAGGGUAUGACAAAGGAGCAUACUUGUUUUUGCCAUCAUACGUAAUGAGAAUACAUGGAGCAAAACAGCAACGUGAAGCUGUAAAGAGGGAUCCCAAGAAUCAACUUGACCCUAUUUUUGAGGCACUUAACACUCUUGGUGAUACCAAAUGGAGGGUAAACAAAAGCCUAAUUGGAAGAUUAUCAAGAAACAUGAGCAAAACAAUGGAUAGGCGUGUGGAUAUUAUGUAAUGAAGAACAUGUUUGAUAUUGUUGAUACUUCCAUUGUUGAAAGAUUCGAUGAGGUAGUAUAAUUUGCAGACACGUCACCCUAUGAAAAAGAGACAAUCGACCAUAUUCGGCAACUUUGGUCUCAAGUAUUUUUGCAAAUGGUUGAAAAUCAAAAGGUUGAGGAGCAAAAUCUAUCAGAUCAAAUGCAAAUGGUUGAAGAGGAUAAAGAGAUAGAAAUGUUGCCAAAACAAAAGCCAAAGAAGAAGAAGAAAACUUAUAUAUGAAGAAAGUGUUAUGACUUAGUUAAAAUAUAAUUUU